AUGAUGAGGCGGGCCGUUACGAAGAUAAUAUCGAAUAAGAGCAUACGGCCGUCAUCAAACGAAUCGAAUUUUAAGAUAGACUUCAAUUCUGUGGAGGAUUUUUAUGUUCAGUUAGAUGAACCGCACAACUCAUGGCUUCCUGGGGAUGAAGUCUCUGGACAAAUCAUAUUCAUAUCGAAGAAAAAUCUAGCUAACAUUGUGAUAACGCUUUCAUUGAUAGGCUACGUAAAGAUAAAUGCUUCGUCACAUUCAAAGCUCCGAACUAAUAAAUACUCGUUAUUCAAUCAUACUAUAAAAAUUUAUGGGGAUGACCAUCCUCCUGUGAAUCUGCGACGAGAAUCAAAUGAUUUUUCAAAUGGAUUAUUUAAGGGAGAACACAGAUUUCCGUUCAUUGUCAAGUUACCGAAAAAGAGGGUUUAUACCAGCAUAGAUUUUGGAAGGGGAUCCAUAAAUUAUCUUUUAAAAGCCGUGAUAGGGGAUGCUUCUGAAAUGCAGAUGCCCGCAUCUCCAAAUGUAUCGAGCUCCUCUGACUCAACCAACUCACCUGGUGGUAAUUUCAUAACCAGAGCCAAGCAUCUAAAGAUAAUUCAAAAUUCUGUUUAUUCUUCGGAAAAAACAAUACGAUUGAUAGAUCCAAUUGACGUGGCAGAGCUCCCACCUGCCAGACCGAAAAAGUUAAUAAUAAAAGAUCCCAGAAAAUCAAAAAUACUAUCAAGGACCCAGUCAUCUGCUUCAAAUAAUUCUGGAAAUACUAUAAGUACUACAUCGCCAAUAGAAGUAUUGGGUGAGCAUGAAGAUGGAGAACACGAUUUAAAUGUAAAUGGUGUUGGAAAUAGGACGGCUGUCAAUCCUAGCGUAUCAAUGUCGUCGGUUGUAUCUUAUCCUGGUGGCGAAAAGCCAGAAUUCAUUAAAGUUGCAUUAGAUAUACCUCAAAGGGGCUACUUGAGAGGAGAAUUGAUACCAGUAAAGCUUACAAUUAAUCAUUUAAAAAAAAUACAAGACUUGAAUGGUAUAAUAUUGACUUUCGUGAGGGUUUGCCGACUAGACAAUGGGCCAGACGCUACAUUCGAAUCAUUCAGAAAGGAUCUUCAACAGCUGGUUAUUCCCUUAUAUGUUGAUCCAACGUCUCUUCGGGCGGAGAUUAAUACUAACAUUAGGGUUCCCGCCGAUGCUUUUCCAACAAUAGUAGGGUGCCCUUUGGUAUCAUUUCAGUACUUUAUUGAGGUUUUAGUGAAUCUUUCGGGCAAAUCAGUUGCACUUGAUAGAGUGGGGCAUAAAGAUACCGGAAUACUGUCAGAGGAGCCGGUAAGUCUGACUAUAAUUGACCCCUCAGGCUUACGAAAUUUUAAGUUCAACUUUAAUUUCUCGACUUCUUCUUCAGAACAACAUGAGAGAUCUGACUUCAUUUAUACGGAUAAGUAUAAAAGAAUGAAAAAGUUCUUGCAAUUAAACACAGAAGUCAUUAUUGGUACUCAUAGACUGAAGGGUGGAGGUCCAAAUCGUCUUCCUGAUGCAAAUGUUGCAUCUCCUAUAUCACAAAGAUCGUCCGUUUCGUCAAAUGCAUCACCAGGAACUAUGAGUCAAAAUGAUUCGUCACCUCAUGGGGUUACUCCUCAUUCUAUUCCUACCAUACCCUAUAUUAACCCAAUACCAGAAUCCGUCAGAGUUACUGACUUUGAAAUCCCUCCAUAUGUUGAGAAUGGGUCCAACUCGGUUGCUGUUCCACGCUACGAUGAAGUUCAAAAUUCGGUUCAGCCACCUGAGAUACCCAUACCCGAUCCAAUACAUCUAUCAGAAAAGGAUAGGAUGAAAGCUCACGAAUCUAGUUUAUUGCCAUCUGAACCAGUGUUUGAACUGAUAGAGGAAGGUCCUAACGACUCAACUGAUCAAUCUGAAGGAUUUCUGAGUAAUCUCGCAGAGGAGCCAGAUUAUUCGGACCAUCCUAUCUCAAGAAAUGAAUCACCGUUCCAGUAUUUUGUUCCACCUUCAGGCUCUUCAUGGGAUCCGACAACAAAUUCGUAUGGCGAUGAUGGAAACGAGCUGGUAAGUUCUAAUCCGACGGCUCGAACAGCUCCAACUUAUGAUUUAUCGCAAAAUGAUAGAUUAUUGGUGGAUGUGGAUAAUUCAACUAGUAGAAAUUCAAGUGCAGAAGGAGGUCACUAG